CAAAGAGCUCACUGGCAGUCUCGCCGUUUUUUCUCAGCGCCGGAGACGAAUCCGAGAGGUUUGAAUUUGGCUCCUGUUCAUUCUCUCCUGGCCCAAACAGAAAAGACAACGGGUCUAUCAGAACAGAGUUUCUUGAAGCGUGUUUGUGCAAACGCGUUUGCUUGACUUUUCUAGAAUUUCCUCGACUUUGCUAUACCUUUCUUCCACCUACAAUU